GUUUUUUUGUUGAGAAUAAAUUGCAAAAUUAGAGUUCAUCAUGGACUCAGAUCUGAAUAAAGAUCAUCAGAAAGGUUCAUCAGCGAUCGAUGAAUCUAAAGAAUCUACAAAACAAGAUGAAUCAGGGAGAGAUGAGAGCUCAACAGGCAACGUUUCAAGGGGUUAUAGUCAGUCCCCAAAGAAACGUAAACAAGAAAAAAGAAGACAGAGUUCUUCACGUAGCUUAUCUCCAAGCGCUUCAAAGGGUCGUCAGUCCCGUAAGAAGCAUAAGGUAGCCCUUCAUUCUUCUGAAAGGAGUGUUAAGUCUCCUAUCAAAAAGAAAUCUAAAAAAUCUAGAUCUAAAAAGAAAAAACAAAAAGUUCGUCAUCAUAGAUCUAGAUCUUCCAGUUCUUCUUCUGUGACGUCGUCAUCUUUGUCACAGACUAGAAGACAUGAACAUAAACGUCGUAGACGUAGCCCUAGUCCCAAUGGGUCCAGUUCUUCCUCUGUGUCUUCGUCUUCUUUGUCACCUAAGAGAAAGAAUAAAAGAAAACGCCAUAGACCUAGUCGUAGUUCUCAUCGUCGUCGUCGAGAUUACAGGCGUUAUUCUUCUUCCUCAUCUAGUUCAUCAGACUCUUCAAGGUCAGAUGAUAGAAGAAGGUAUUACAGACAUCGUCGUAGACCCUCGGUUGAUUCAUUUAGUCCAUCAGAGAGAGGUAGAAGGAGACAUCGUUUGUCUAAGUCUCCUUCACGACAUAGUCAUAGGCGCCGUAACAGGUCUUUUUCAAGACCACGUCAGUUGGUUCGUAGGUCCAUUUCUACUCAACGGCAACCUGGUAUGUCACAUAACAUUAGUCAUUUUCCUCGGCAAUUGUCACCCACACAAUCUCCUGUUAGAUUUGACAGAAAUGUUAUGGAACGAACUAAUUCUAUAGUAAGUUCAGAGAUGAGCAAAUUCUGCUCACCUCCUCAUGUCAACAGAACUUCUAGAUUAGACAACGACUUUGACGAGGAAGAUGAUGAUGUCAUUGUGGAUAUGCCUUUAAGGGAAGAGUUUUCAAAGGCUAUAAAGCAGGUACAUGAAACUUUCC